AUGGCGACCAUCUCCCGCACGGCGGUGGAGACGACGACGACGACGACGACUGUGUCGUCCUUCCGACUUCCUGAGCGACUUGCAAGCCUCACGGCUUCGUCGCCGCUCCUGACCAAGCUCAGCAGCUCUACGGCUACGCUGUAUGCUUCUUCGCCUCUUGCCCAGUCGCUGACGUCCAAGGUGGUGGCUGCCGCCUCGCCGUAUGUCCCGCAGCUGGCCAAGCUCGACGCCUUUGCGGUGGAUUCGCUCGACUCGGUCUCGGCCAAGGUGACCAACAUGUCCGAGACGGUCUCGGCCAAGGUGACCGAUGUCUCUGCGAGUGUGUCGGCCAAGGUCGACGAGGUCAACACGACGACGGCUGCCAUCCGCACCAAGGUGGCCGGCAAGACGACCCAGAUCCGCUCGUCGGUGGCGACUGUCCUUGCCGAUCCAGUCGAGGUGACUCUCGCCACGCUCGAGGCGCUGCUCGAGGUCGACCCUGAGGCUGCCGAGCUUCCGGUGGUCGAUGGCGAGACGGAGCCGAAGGAAGCCGAGACGGAGGCUGCGGCUGCCAAGCCGGCUGCGCUCGCGCGGGCCAAGGUCAUUGCUGCCAAGGCAAGUGUUCUGACUGCGGAUGCGCUGACGGCGCAGACGAACGAGCUGAAGACCAAGAUGGCGGCGUCGCUGGCGUCUGUGGCUGCGGCAACGGCGCCGCGGGCCCGCUCGGUCUUUGCUGCCAUUCCGUACUCUGAGAACAUUGCUGCUGCCGUAGCCUCGAUCUACGGCUCGCUGGUGGUGCCUGCUUCUGCCAAGGUCGGUGUCGAUGCCGACGCCAUUGUUGCUACUCUUGUGAACUUGCUGAACGUGCCUGCCGACGCUACCGCCGGCGCCAACGCUGACGCUGACGAUGGUCCCGGUGUGCCUGCCGCGUCACCCAUCCACAACACCUCGCUUAACUCGACGCUCGACGUGACCCAGCAUACACUCGACGCCGACGACGAGGCGCCGGCCGACGACGGCUGCGACGAUGACGACGGCUCGGUCUCUUCUGACGGCGGCGCACUCGAUCCGGACGACUCGGCCUUUUCAGAGCUCGAGCCCUCGCGCAUCAUCGAGACACUCUUCUGA